AAAAUACAUAAUUGUAUUAACAAAGUACACGCCAUGUUUGUUACGCUAUUAUUACUAUCAUUAUAUUUCAUUUCGGUCAUCUCAUCGGUCAGUCAACUGGACGUACCGCUAGAGAUACUAAUAAGACGUCUCGAAUCGGAUAAGGAUACCGCCGAAAAAUUAGGUGCGUUAAAAGGCAUAGAGGACUUUUUAACCAAAAGACUCUAUGUGGAUAAUAAUCUGAAGGAUUACCUAGACACAAUUAAUUUGCUGGUCGGGAUUGACACAGAGGCUAUACUAAAGGGCAAACAAGCGCUUCAUCACAGAAAAUGUUACCGAAAGAGGAUGUCGAGAUCUGCCUAA